CUUCGCUGCGUGCGGCUACGUGGCGGAGCCGGCGGAAGUAGUUUCUUCGCUGGACCCUGAGUGUUUGUGUUUUGGUUUGUGAAGGAGCCUGGCCGCCUGAGGGGAGGAGACGGAGGGAGGAGGAGGAGGAAGAAGUCGUAGGAACUCUAGUGCGGCGACUGCGGAGGAGGAGAGAGGAAGGCGGAGCGGAGAGGCGGAGACGCAGCCCGGCAGGGGCGGCACGGCGCUCGGAGCCCCGCGCCGGCCAGUGUGAGAAGCGGCGAGCAGGCGACGCCGCUGCAGCUGCGGCGCAUCCGAUCUCCGGGCCGUGCGUGGACUCGCUGCCGGGAGCCGCGCCCCAGGUCUUUGGAAGUAAAGAUUCAGUAGCUUUGAACUUUAAAAGGCGCUGAAUAUGGAGGCACCCAUCUGUCAUCCCAGCACUCUGGAAGCUGAGGUAUUUUCUACAGAAAGAAAACAAAAUUGAUACCUUGCAUCCUGGAAGUUCAUUUAGGAAUUUGAAAUUAGGGACUUCUUUCAAAUUUGAACAUGGCUAAUCGAGGAGCAACAAGACCCAACGGGCCAAAUACUGGAAAUAAAAUAUGCCAGUUCAAACUGGUACUUCUAGGAGAGUCUGCUGUUGGCAAAUCAAGCCUGGUGCUUCGCUUUGUGAAGGGCCAGUUUCAUGAAUUUCAAGAGAGUACCAUUGGGGCUGCCUUUCUAACCCAAACUGUGUGUCUUGAUGAUACAACAGUAAAAUUUGAAAUAUGGGAUACAGCUGGCCAAGAACGGUACCAUAGCCUAGCACCAAUGUACUACCGAGGAGCACAAGCAGCCAUAGUUGUGUAUGAUAUCACAAAUGAGGAGUCCUUUGCAAGAGCAAAAAACUGGGUUAAAGAACUUCAAAGGCAAGCAAGUCCUAAUAUUGUGAUAGCUUUGUCAGGAAACAAGGCUGACCUAGCAAAUAAAAGAGCUGUUGACUUCCAGGAAGCACAGUCCUAUGCAGAUGACAACAGUUUAUUAUUCAUGGAGACAUCAGCUAAGACAUCAAUGAAUGUAAAUGAAAUAUUCAUGGCAAUAGCUAAAAAGCUGCCAAAGAAUGAACCACAGAAUCCAGGCGCAAACUCGGCCAGAGGACGAGGAGUAGAUCUUACUGAGCCUGCACAGCCAGCCAGAAGCCAGUGUUGUAGUAACUGAAUUCCAGUGUGAACUUCCUAAAUGGCAAAAAACGUGGAGUGGGAGCAUUUAGCCGGCCCAUUGUGACUUCCAAAAAGAGACUUAUGGUAGAAUCAAGUUUCUAAUACUGAAUUAUUUUGAGUGUUUUGAACUUAAUUUUUAAUAACAUGCAUGUAUUCUUCCGACUAAUGUUUCGGCAGUAGAAAGGGAAAUGAGAACUGUGUACAAUUUUUUUCCAUGGGAAAGUACAGGGGAACCAUUCGUCUCCAGUUGGUAUGGACCCACACUUAACCCACCCAGUCUCCAAACUGGGAUAAUAGUCAGGUGUGAAAGACUCAAAAUUACUAAUGUGAGCUUUAGAGAAACAUUUUUAGAAGACUAAAAAUAUUUAUGCUUAGCAACAGAAGCCAAGCAAAUGGUAAUUUCUUCUAUUGUCUAAUAAGUGUACAUUCCACAUAUUAAUAAAUAAUCCUAAGAAAACAGUCCUACAUCUCCAGAAAGAAUGAAUAUUAGUGACAUCUUACUCAGUCCUGUUAUUUCUUAAAAUAUGAUUGAAAAGAAGUCAUGUGUAACCCCAUCUUGUUUUAGGAAUAUAAAAACUGAUAAAUGCAUCUUAAUGGAUAAUGGUCCCUUCGUGGGAAGCUCUUUAACAAAGUGGAAAUAAACCAGGUGUCUGAUUUCUCUUUAAUCACUGUUGGCCAUUACAUAAAGGUCUGUCUGGAGCAGGGAGGGAGCUCUGGUUCCCUUUGGACAUGAUUAGUCAGUGCACUAACAAUUAUGUACAUUCAAACUUGAUGAUUUUAAAUAUGAUCUUCAGCUGUACUGUAAAUAGAGUACUGCAUUGUAGUCUCCAUGUUUAUUAUUUUCUGUAAUAUUUAAGAAUUGCCUAAGAGUAUACAAAAUGUACAGUUACUAAAACAGCUAAUUAUUUCUUUCUCCCCCUAUGAAAGGAAGGGGCUUUGCUGUUCUUUCAUAGCUAGAACCAUAAUAAACACUGUACCUGUAAUUUGUAACAUAAGUAUUACAAUGUUAUUAGUAAUAAUCUUGAAACCUUGUUUUUCAAAGUCCAUUUUAUUUUGAUCAGUAUAUUGCACUAAUUAUUUUAGGUAUUUUCAUUAUAUGAAAUCUACCAUGUGUCAGAUGAUUUAAUCUAUUUAAGUGUUGAUCUGCUAGCAGAACUUGUACAUUUUACAGUAACUCAAAAUUAGUAAGGAAAACAGUUCACCAGUGUUUAGUUUUAUAUUGAGGUGCUCAGGUUGGAAUAAAGUGGUAUAAAAAGCAA